CCGGCUUGAAUAUAGACACUCCCUAAGCACACUGAUCUCUAUAAUAAAAUCUUUAUUAUUAUUAAAGUUAUUAUAGUGAUCAGUGGCUAAGCAUCAUAAGUUGCAUCAUAGGAGGAGUAUAUGUUGGAGAGGUGGAAGAAUUCGAUUCAGAAGAAUUAAUUAAGAAUGGAAGAUAUAAGUUGGAAAGGUGGAAAAAACUGCUGUGUGCCGGGAUGCACAAAUUCCCAAGGAAAAACUUAUGGCACGAUGCCAGCGAUCAGCUAUAUGUCUUUCCCCAAGGACACUCCUGACAAUCAUGAGUGGAGAGAAAAAUUGGUAAUAGCUGUCGCUAGGCAGGAUCAGAAGUUUGAUCCGGCAAAGCACCACAUCUGUACUGAUCACUUUGAGAGAUCACACUUGCUGUUCAGUGGCAGAGGCUUAAAAAUAGCAAAGGGAAGACUGCCCUCCCUAAACUUGCCGCAUAAAAGUGUGGAAGUGCGGAAGCUUCCGCCAAGAACGAAGCCAGUAAGUUAAAGUAGUUAUUCUAUUCCUUAUUUUGAUAAAAUGAUUUAUUUGUUUUUGGAUAAAUACUUAAAUCGUGCUUGGGUUAUUAUAAUAUCUUUUUUUAAUCUGAACCAUAAUA